GAAAGAAGUCAGUGGAUUUUCCUGGCAGAGCUCUCUUCCCACGUGGGUCUGUCGUACUCUUUAGCCAAUCAGAUGCAAGCUUUACCAAUCAUAUCAUAAGCCACUGAGAGUGCAUUCAAGGAGCACGAUUCUGCGCAACUUUUGCGCAAUAUGGAUUAAUUAGAACGGAAAUGAAGCCUUUACAUCAGUAAUCCAGCAUGGCGAAUGAAGAACGGGAAGCACGGAGUGAGAGGAGAUCAUGGCGGUGAAAAUGUGGGAAUUGCAGAACUAAUGUUUUCAGUUCGUGGCACUGAUGACAACAGCUUCAUCACCGGUAAAAGUGUGCAUAAUCAGAGAAUAGAGCGUCUCUGGCGUGAUUUAUUCGUAGGGGUAACGAGCAUCUACCACAACAUUCUGCACACAUUGGAGGACAGUCACCUGCUGGAUAUCAGCAACUCCUGCCAUUUAUUCAGCUGUUAUUAUGUGUUCUUGCCACGCAUCCAGGCCAGCUUGGAUGUCUUUUCUGAGGGGUGGGACAACCAUCCCAUAAGAACAGAACACAAUCUAACACCCAUUCAGUUGUGGCAAGUGGGCCAGUUCCAAAACCCAAUUAUGGAUCCAGAGAAUGUAGCCAUACCCAACAUUGAAUGGGAGGAUAGCAGAUACUUGGAGGACCCAAACCUUGGGGUGCAUGUUCCUGUGCUUGACAUUUCAUUGACAGACGAUGAAAUGGCACAACUUAUAGAAACCAUCAACCCCAUGCAACAUUCUGAGUCUUAUGGAGUAGACCUCUAUCUAAGCACGGUCCAGUAUGUUGAGAGUUUAACUGAAAUACAUUCUGGACGUUGCUUCAUUGAUUUAUCCUUUGGUUCAGCUGGUACAGUGGACAUAACUUCCCUGCUUCGAUUGGUGCUCAUUUCUUUACCACUGCCAGCAUAAUUGCUUUGUAUGCUUUCGUAUGUAAGCUCCUUUAGCCACUAGAGAGACAGAGAAUGACAGAAAGAGAGGGACUGAGGGCAGACUCGACUCACUUCACUUUGGGGGGAGCACCAUUUCGGAUCCUAGGGGGCUCCAUCCACUACUUCCGGGUCCCCCGGGCGCACUGGAGAGACCGACUACUGAAACUGAAGGCCUGUGGUCUCAACACUCUUACUACGUAUGUGCCAUGGAAUCUGCAUGAACCAGAACGAGGAGUUUAUCUGUUUGAUGAGCAGCUGGAUCUGGAGGCAUACAUUCGACUUGCAGAGGAAUUAGGCCUCUGGGUGAUUCUGCGUCCAGGGCCGUACAUAUGUGCUGAGUGGGAUUUGGGUGGGUUACCAAGCUGGUUGCUUCAAGAUAAGAAUAUGAAAUUAAGAACCACCCACUCUGGCUUCACAACCGCUGUGAACUCGUACUUUGAUAAACUCAUUCCAAGAAUCAUACCUCUACAGUUUAAUAAAGGGGGUCCUGUUAUUGCUGUUCAAGUAGAGAAUGAAUAUGGUUCAUAUGCAAAGGAUAAGCAGUACCUGUCAUUCAUCAAAGAGGCGUUAAUGUCUCGAGGAAUCUCAGAGCUUCUCCUGACAUCAGACAACCGGGAAGGGUUAAAAUGUGGAGGGGUAGAUGGAGUCUUACAGACAGUUAACCUGCAGAAACUGUCAUAUGGUGAUGUACAUUAUCUAGCAGAACUGCAGCCACAGAAGCCGCUGUUGGUAAUGGAAUACUGGUCUGGCUGGUUUGACGUCUGGGGAGAACCUCAUCAUGUUUUCGAUGCAGAAGAAAUGAUCACUAUUGUGCGAGAGCUUCUGGAUCGUGGUGUCUCCAUCAAUUUUUACAUGUUUCAUGGAGGAACCAACUUUGGUUUCAUGAGUGGAGCAGUUGACUUAGGCACCUACAAGCCACAGACGAGCAGCUACGAUUAUGAUGCUCCUUUAACUGAGAGUGGGGAUUAUACAACCAAGUAUCAUCUUUUGAGGAAACUGCUGAGCACCUACAACAGGGAGCCGUUACUAGAGCCACCAGUUGCGCAGAGCAGGAGAGCAUAUGAGCCAGUGAUGGUUACACAUUACAUUUCAUUAUGGGAGAGUCUUCGGUGUGCAGAAACACAUUUCACAGCUGAUGAUCCCCUCAGCAUGGAGAACCUUCCAGCAAAUCACAACAAUGGUCAGUCCUAUGGCUACACCCUUUAUGAGACUGAUAUAUAUUCAGGAGGAGAACUCAACUCCAGGAACCAUGUUCAUGACAGAGCUCUUGUAUUUAUUGACAGAGAACUCAUUGGUGUUUUGGACUAUAGGAAUCAGAAAAUUAGAAUAUCCCAUUGUAAGAGCGAGAGGACCUUGAGUUUGCUUGUUGAGAACUGUGGGAGAGUAAACUAUGGUCCAGCACUAGACAACCAACAAAAAGGGCUCAAUGGGGAUAUAACUCUGGAAGAUGUACCUUUAAAGAAAUUCACAAUGCACUGUUUGGAUAUGAAGCCCAGUUUCAUAAACAGACUGCAGUCAUUGAAGUGGAUGUCUGUUGGUAUCAAGCCCUCCUACCCUGCAUUUUUUAGAGGAAGUCUAAAGGUAGUGGAUGAACCCACAGAUACUUUUGUGAAGCUGCCAAAUUAUAGCAAAGGUGUGGUUUUUGUUAACGGACAAAAUCUCGGACGCCACUGGUCCAUUGGUCCUCAGAAAGCCCUCUUUCUCCCCGGACCCUGGCUCAGGACUGGAGACAAUCAGAUUAUAGUUUUUGAGGAGCUCAAAGCUGCGGAAACAAUCUAUUUUGCUGAAAAUCCAGAAUAUAGCAAGAUAAUCGACGUAUCUGGACAACUGUUCUGCAGCCUCAUUUAGAGAAACCUUGGAGUCUUUAUACUCUACAACCUCAUCAUAUUCUCAUCCAUUAACACAUAUCAGAACAGGAAUCAUUUCAUUAAUCAAUAUAAUAAUCUAAGAUAUUAUGAUACUAAUAAAGAUAUUUGCACAGCUACACAAUCUGGUGUAUGCAGGCACACAUUCAGUUUAGACUGUAUACUGAGUUGAAACAGGAUUGCAUAAGAAAAAAGAGAUUACUUUCUAAACGUAAUGUAUGUUUAACCUCAGUGCUUAGCACCUUAUUUCAGACUAACUAUAGAACCAGUAGUAUGUUGUUCAGAAAGGUCUUUCAAAUAUCUCUAUCAGUUUUAUUGGCGAGGUUAAACUACCCUUAAGUGGAAUUUGACUUGGUAUUUGUUGAUAUUUCGCAAGUUUGCAGGCCACACACACCUUGGGGGAUGGAACUGUUCCGGUGUUGAUUAUUUUUUAACCCCUAACUCUUCUGUUCUUUGAUGAAAAUAAUAAUAAUAAAACUCUUGGUAAGGUCUUGGUAACCACAAUGUGUUAUAUAUUUUAAAGAUUCUCUCAGGGGGUUGAAGGUUGUAAUUGAUUGUGCUUGGCACUGCAUGGUAACAUGGAGAACAUGUCUAAAGGUGAUAAACCUGCCAUAGUGAGAUAUCUCUCACUAUCAAUAUCCUAUCGGCAGGUGUCAAAGUUUGUAAGUUCUUUUGUCCAAAUACUAUUAGAGCAAAGGGACUGUAGUAUUGAAGCUUGUCACUGAAACAAUUAGAAAAUGCAGGUUGUCUGAUUUACUUAAUCAUAUUAUUUGUGAUCUACACAGCAAAACACUGCACAGUGUUUCUCUUCAAAACUUGUUUUCUUUGCUCUCGAUUAAUGUAAUACUCUAAAAUGUGCACUGUUCUAUAUUACAUUAUGCAGGGUGAAUUAAUGUGAACCAAUGAAAUAUGUUCAACAACAUGGGCAAGGGAAUUUGGGCACGGGAUUUGUAGUUCCCAGCAUGCUUUGCAUGGGACUUGAUGGAGAGAGUAUUUUUUUAAAUCAAGUGUUAUUUUAUGCAUUUUAUGGCAAUAUGAGAAAAGGGGGAGACAAUGUUUAAUGUUGUUAUUUUGGGAUUUCGAACAGAUUCUGUUUUGCUGGGUUACCAUUGUUGUGAAGAGUGAAGCAUUUGCUUAGGGUGAGGAAGGGUACACAAACAUCAUACUGUACAUUUCUUUGCUUAAAAAGCAAUUACACACUAAUGUAUGUUAUUGUUAGCUUAAAGUCAGUUAGCUAGCUGCCUUACAAAUCUUACAACAUAAGUCAGUUAUGUGACACAAAAAUAUUAUGUAAAUCUGAUGAAAUGAUUCAAGUUAGGCACACAUAUAAAAUCACUUUGAGGCUACUUACUUGGGUCAUUUCAAAAUAACUUAAUUCCAUUAUGUUGAGAUUAAGUGAUCAAAUUAUGUUUUCUGACAAGGUAAAAUGAGCUAACCCAAGAGGAUUUUUUUUUAAUGUAACUUAAUUGAUUCAUGUGAACCGAUGUACAUAAAUAAAUCAUGUAAAUGUAAAAGUUUUUUUUCAGUGUAAUCAACUGCAUUGAUUGUGGAAUAUUC